AUGACUACACGAAUACCUUACAAUACAGCGUACAAUAGUAUAACGACUUAUUCACAUCCAUCUAAAAGACCUCCGGAUAAUAUGAUAAGACAAGCAAACAAUAAUUACACAGCGACAGAGAAAACGAAAGCCGAUUACGAAAAAGACAUUGGAAAUGUUACGCAAGAUAAAGAGAAUUUUAUGAUGCUAGUCGAUGAUUUCAGUGAUUAUUUCUAUGGAAACGCUAGUCAGGAUAUAUUUAGCGUUCACAACGGUUCCCUAGACAUUCUAAAUGAUGUGUACGAGUACUCUAACUGCACGUUUAACGGGACGUUAAAUGUUUCGUGUUUCAAUCGUAUGGAUGUUACGCCUCAGCACAAUUUCUGGGCCUUGUUACUGUUGAUAUUUCCUUUUUUUACUCUGUUCGGUAACGUGUUAGUGAUAUUAAGUGUAGUGCGAGAGAGGACACUGCAGACGGUGACCAACUACUUCAUAGUGAGCCUGGCGGUGGCUGACCUGCUAGUGGCGGUUGUCGUUAUGCCAUUUGGAGUUUAUUACUUGGUGAAUGGGUCGUGGGGUCUACCAGCUUUCGUCUGCGACGUGUACAUAGCCAUGGAUGUUACAUCCUCAACCUCCAGUAUAUUCAAUCUAGUAGCCAUAUCGGUUGACAGGUACAUCGCGGUGACUCAGCCUAUCAAGUACGCGAAGCACAAGAACAACCGGCGCGUGUGGCUCACGAUAGUGGUGGUGUGGCUCGUGUCGGCCGCCAUCGGCGCGCCCAUCGUGCUCGGCCUCAACGACACGCCGGACCGCAACUUCGACGAGUGCCUCUUCAACAGCCAGAACUACGUCCUCUACUCCUCCAUCGGCUCCUUCUACAUCCCCUGCAUCAUGAUGAUGUUUCUCUAUUACAAUAUAUUCAAGGCGCUUAGAAAGCGAGCGAAAAAGCAACGCGCUGCAAAGAAACCUCCAGUGUGUGGGGAGAUGAGGGCCUCGUCGGCCGUCGUCAUAGAGAACGUGGCGCAGAGCCGGCUGCUGGACAGCGCGCCCGACCACCACACCAACACCGGCUCCGGCAGCAACGACGACCACGACGACAGCUUCGACAAGCGGUCAGUGGAGCUGGAGGCCGACGUCGACGACUGCCUGCCCAACGACAAGUCCACGGACUUCAUGCUCGUUGCUGCCACGGAACAUACAAUCAAGUGA